CAGCUGUUCAACGCGUGGGAAGAUUAUGUCAGUGACAACAAUAUUUGUCGUAAUGACUCGUCAUUCCUGUGAUUGUUGAUUGUUUUUCAACAAUUUCGUCGUAUGAUUAUUCCCUCGAGAUUCAGGAUGGAUGUCGCUGGUAAUUUGAGUCUAAUUAAGGAGAAAAUCCGCAUUGCCUGCUCCAAAAGAUCACCGGAUUUAGCGAAUGUCACGCCUCGUCUUGUAGCUGUGAGUAAGACGAAGCCCCCGGACCUCAUAAUCUCUGCUCUGGAUGCUGGACAGAAAAAUUUUGGCGAGAACUACGUGAAUGAACUUGUGGAGAAAGGAAAUCACCCCGACCUGAAGAACAGAGACAUCCGGUGGCACUUCAUCGGUCAUCUCCAGAGGAAUAAAGUUAAUAGAGUCUUGGGGGUGCCUAAUCUUCAUGUAAUAGAGACUGUUGACAGCGAGAAACUGGCAGCUGCUAUUGACAGUGGCUGGCAGAAAUUUAGGAAGCAAGAGGAUGACAAAUUGAAUGUCAUGGUGCAGGUGAAUACGAGUGGGGAAGAAGAAAAAAGUGGCUGUGACGUCGGGCAGGCCUCGGCGUUAGUUAAAUAUGUUUUGGAAAAUUGUAAAAAUCUGAAUUUCAUGGGGGUUAUGACCAUUGGAGCAUACGGCUACGAUCCAGCGACUGGACCAAAUCCAGAUUUCUUGUCAUUAAUAAAAUGCAGGGAGAGUAUUUGUAGAGAAUUGGGGCUAGAUAAGAGUAAAGUCGAGUUGUCGAUGGGAAUGUCAACAGAUUACGAACACGCAAUUGAACUCGGGAGUUCGAACGUUCGAGUUGGCAGUGCGAUAUUCGGAGAAAGGCUUCCAAAAUGAGAACAAAUAAAUUAACAAUAAAUGAAAAAAAAAAGAACAGAUAAACAAUAAAAAUCUAUUGCAUAUUUUUAAUUCAGCAAAGAGACGAAUUCUGUUUAUAUCUUUCUGAAUCUUUGAGAUCCUUGAAAUGUAAUUGUUCAGCUUGACUUUAAAUAAACAGAGAACACAUGCGUCUUUUAAAUAAUUUUAUUUAUAUGAAUAGAAUGAGAAUGGAUGAAGGAAAUCGCGAUAGCUCGGAUUGCAAGUCCGCGAUGAUUACCUCUCUUAAAACGAAACGAAAACAAAAAUAAACAGUGAAAUAAACAAAAAAUAUAAUUGGAUGAGGUGGGACAGGAGAGAAGGGUUCAUGUUGAUAAAUAAUUAUUGAGUUAAUUUAACGUAUAACAUAUAUACACGAGCAAA